CUGUAGUGAAAACACUGAUAAUAUCUGAUAUAUUUGUGAUGAUGGUUUUCACAGGUCCUGAAAAACAACUGAAGUUGAAACAACAAUUUUUCCAGACAUGGAAAAACCAGUGGAAAAGGAGAAUAAACUGUAGUGACAUUUUCAUCUGUCUUCUCUGGCUCCCCCUGCAGGACGGCCACUCAAAGACAAAAAGAUGCCGAUGGAGUGUGGGGUGUGAGCAGGCGGGCAAACACAGCAGGAGGGUGAGGUGUGAGGAGGAACGUCACUUCAGUCCUGGGGCUGGGAGGAACUGCUCUGAGUUAUCCACAGGUGGAUUCUACUGCACUCAUCUGUCAGGGAAAAUGAAGACCAAUCUGAUUCUGGACACAGGUCGGUGUUUCAUCCACGAAGACCGUGACUGGAGAGGUUCUGCACCGCCACGGGCAGAUGUGAUGCCCCAGUAUGUCCACCACUUGGCCUCCAAACCUCCACCUGAGGUCAGCCCCCCCACCACCAAACGUAAAGAUUUCAAACACAGGUGUGUGAAGUUCACAGUGACGGCUGUCGUCUGCCUGCUCCUCCUGCUCCUGGUCACUGGGAUCCUCCUGGCCUAUUACUAUUCCUCCCCCUGUGCACACGGACGUCAGUGUGGUGAUGGGAGCUGUGUGUGGGAGUCUGAGUGGUGUGAUGGGGUCAGGGACUGUCCUGCUGGUCAGGACGAAGCCAACUGUGGUAAAAACACUGAUUAUUUAUGUGUGUGUGUGUGUGUACAGACAAUGCAGAUGUACUCGUCCCAGACCGACAGCUGGAGCAGCGUCUGCUCUCAGGACUGGACGCAGCAGCAGAGCAGAUCCAGCUGCAGGAGCCUGGGCUACAGCAGAGACACUUAUUAUAAAUCAGGCGAACAGACGAGCGACUCUGAUGAAGGAUUUCUAAAGGUGAAGUCUGGUUUGAACCCUGAUUCUUUCAUCCUCCAGCAGCUCGUUCACAGCAAAGUUUGUCCCAACAACAGUGUGGUGACUCUACAGUGUACUGACUGCGGCAGAGGAGUGAACUCCAGCAGGUCCUUGGGGGCCCAGCCGGCCUCCCCAGGCUCCUGGCCCUGGCACGUCAGUCUGCAGCGUUCAGGCUCUCACCGCUGUGGAGGAGCUCUUAUCUCCCCCUACUGGAUACUGACUGCAGCACACUGUGUGGUCAGAGCCUCUGACCCUGCUGCCUGGGCCGUGUACACUGGUGUCGUGGAUCCACUGGGCUCUCUGUUCAACCCUGCCCGGUCCGUGAGUCACGUCAUCGCACAUCAAGACUACAACCACCUGACCCGCACCAAUGACGUCGCUCUGAUGAGGCUCAGCAAAGCAGUGGACUCUACAGGCUCCAGUCAGGUCAGACCUGUCUGCCUCCCGGCCGCCGGUCUGAACUUCGCUGCUCCCCAGACAGGUUGGAUCACGAGAUAUGUUCUCACUACAGCUGGAGACUUUUCAUCUGCUCACCUGACAGAGACUCAAGUCUCUCUCAUUGAUAUUUCAAAGUGCAACAGCUCCACAGCCUACGGUGGCAAACUGUCACAGGACAUGCUGUGUACCAGAGAGACAGAAGCAGGAACAAACAAGUGCCAUGUCGACAGUGGGGGUCCUCUGGUGUCGCUGACCGACGGCCUGUGGUGGCUGGUAGGGGACAGUAUUUGGGGUGAAAACUGUGUCCAGACCAACAAGCCUGGAGUUUUUGGAAAUGUCACAUUUUUUCUAGAGUGGAUUCAGGAUCAGAUGAAGAAGCAUCAAGAUGACUGAAGGGAGGAGCGGAAAUGUUUGAUAUUUACUCCACAUAUUCAAGUAAUCAAGUCAGUAACUUAUAUUCUGUGAAGUAUUCUUGUUAUUGUAGUACAGUAUUGUCGUAGUUUUAGAUGGUUUUGUUUUGAAAAAGGGUCUUGAAAGUUAGGAUCAUAAACCUGUAAAAAUAGACACACUGCUAUAUACUGUGUAUAAAACAGUUUAUUAUUAUUUAACUAGUCUUUUAGAAAUUUACACUGUAAUUAUGUUUUUGAUACCAAACUGUGCAAAUAAUACACACAUUAAUAUACUUGUUUUUUAACUUUUAACAUACUGUAUUCAAAAAAAGAAAAAGGGAGAACCCAAAAUAUCAUAAUCCUCAUGCAGUACUGCUGCAUGCCCUGCAGAGGUCGUGGACUCCCCGUGGAAACCUCUGGUUUAAAUAUAAUAAAGCCGCUUCAUAUUUUGCAAUUCUAUUCUGUUCUGAAUGUCCGUUCUAUGCAAAUAUGUGGAUUUUCAUUCACGUUUGGGAGGUCCCAUGUGUAGACACUAGAGGUCGCCAAUAAACCACAUCCAGUUUUUCUUCCCUAUCUCAGUAACUCAUGACUCGUGACAAAUACAUUUUCAUUUGAUCAUAGAUUUUUAUUAACAGCUCAAAUAAAAUUUGGCACAUGGAGAAAACAAAUAAAGACAUAUAAAUAACCAAACAUUCAAGUUUACAAUCAAUGGAACAUUUUUUCUAUUUUUACAUUUUGGCAAAGAGUGAUAAGUUCAUGCAGCUCAAAUCACAGGAUUGUCGGCUCAAAAGGCAACAACUGGUUUCAUGUCCAUUGUGCAACAGUCUCUGGAUUUUAAGGCAUUGUGUAGUUUCUUUUAUUUUCAUACAUCCCAUAGAAACGUGCAGUCCGCAGGACACAGUGGUGCAAUCAUCACCGAUUUGGCUUCUAAAGUCAUUUUGUGUCAGUUGUAUAAAUAAGAAUUUUCUAACGUCUAAAUGUAAAUACACUGUGUGCUGUUGGUGUUCGUAUGAAAACACCUUGAACAGAGUUGUAGGAAUAUUGAUCUUCAUUACACAUUACACUGAUUGA